UGUGCCAGAAGCUGAGGGGAGGAAAGGAGGGACUAAGGAUUGUUGAGUAGCCAGGUGAUCAUCUUUGCUAUCUAUGCUUUCUAGGGCCAUUCAUACAGACAUUGCUUAAAUCCAGCUCAGUAUCUGAAGAAGUGUGCAUGCACACGAAAGCUCAUACCAAAAUAUAAACUUAGUUGGUCUUUAAGGUGCUACUGAAGGAAUUUUUUUAUCCAGCUUUGCAGUUUGAUUUUGGGUUACAUUACAUUUCCCAUCUCUGUAAUUUGAAUGUGAAAAUGUCAGUCUGGUUCAAUCAUUCAAAACAUGUUCAGGGAACCAAUGUGGGUGGGAGGAGCAUUGUGUUGGCUCAUUCUGUCUAGGAAUUGGCAAACCUGUUGAUUUCAGUUUCUCCCAGUUUCUUUUUCCCAAUCUUAAAUUCAGUUCACCACAGUUUCUUAAUUUUUCUUAAAGUUCUCAUGAAAAUUCACCACCAGUGAAUAUUUCUCCUAAUAGAUUAAAAUUUACAUGCAAUUUUGUAUGCACUUUCCCCCCUGCAAUUUUGCCUACGAUUCUAAUAUAAUGUAUUUUUGUAGAGCUUUUUUUAUACUAAUACGUGGAUCGGUGCAUACUUUUCUUUGGUACCUGCCAUCUUAGUUCCCAUUACUUGGUUGGAGAAUUGCAUCUCAAAAUGUGUACAGUUUUGAAGAACAAAUGCUUUUCAUUUCACAUACUGUUUCAGGCAGUGUGAAUUAGGGAGGUGUGCCUUUAAAUGUGAACUAAUCAAAUUUGUAUCCCAUCUUUAAUUACUUUCACAGCCUAUGCACAUUCACUCAACAGAGACCACACCUAAAAAAAUAAAUAAUAACAACAGCAAAAGAACAGAGCCCACAGCUGUACAGUUGUAAGCGCAACAGGCUCUGCUCACACCACCAAAAACCUUUUCGUGCAUCCGCUUAAACGUUUCUAAUGGUGAAUGUGUUUUGCGAAACAGAAAAAAAUAGAACUGAGCCUAAAGUACCCAUGCAGUGGUAGCUCCAAGUUUUUUUUUGUGGGGUGGGGGUCCCUGGGUGAGAUGUUGUCAGUGGGACCCCCUUUCUGAGUGUGCCCACUUCUUUCUUGUCUAAUGUCACUGCACUCCAUUCACUUGCCGUGUCUCUCUGUGCCCAAUCCACACAACCACCCAGAGGGGAAGUGCAAGGUGACAAGACAGUGCUGCUUGCAUCUUUUCAAUGGUUUUGUGCUUAAAGGGGGCAAGUUAACACAUGGCAACCACAAAGAAGAGGAAGAGGAGCACUAGGCUCUGGUGAUCAGCAGUGGAUCCCCGACAGGAGUACAGGCACUGGCAGAUGUCUGGAAAUGCCGACCCCUGACGCUGACCCUGCUUCCAUGUAUGGCUUCUGUUUUGUUGCAGAGUACAACCAUGAAUUUUGUGACAAUUGUUGUUGAGACAUGUGAAUGCUAGCAGCUUUUGGAGUAGGCAAUUUGUGAGUUGGCAACAAGCCAAGUUAAACAGAGUGCUUGAGAAAGUCUGCUUGGAGACAGGGAAGCAUAGCAACAGGUGGUGAUUGGCUAAGCUCUCCCUUAUAAGCAGUAUGACACAGCGGUUUGGUGUUGGAGUGUAGAGUUUGGAGAAGGAGUCUGUGUAUAUUCUGCGUGUAUAUAUUAAAAGUUAACAAAAAUCAAGUUACUGUUGAGCAAGUUCUGUUCCUGGUCGUCGUCCUGGGAUUCACUGACUUGGCAGCUGGUAGUAGAGAGUUACGGUUUGAAUCCAUCAACAAUUGUUAUGCUGGGGACAUUUGCCCAUGCUUGUUUGUAAUCUGAAUGGAGCAGCCGUCACUGCCAUCAUAUGAUGGCCCUUACUCGAAAGGGAGCAAAGACUCAGGUGGACUGGACACAGCCCUGGUUUCAAGAAGGCAAAGUAUACCAGAAGAAUUCAGAGGAGUCACUAUUGUGGAACUGAUUAAAAAAGAAGGAAGCACCCUUGGCUUAACUAUAUCUGGUGGUACAGAUAAAGAUGGUAAACCAAGAGUUUCCAACCUGAGACCAGGAGGGCUGGCAGCAAGGAGCGACCAGCUAAACGUGGGUGACUACAUCAAGUCAGUGAAUGGGAUUAACCUGACGAAACUUCGCCAUGACGAAAUCAUAAGCCUGUUGAAGAACGUGGGGGAAAGGGUGGUGCUAGAGGUAGAAUACGAGCUGCCACUAGCGGCCCCGGAUAAUAGUGCCGGCAUCAUUCCAAAGACCAUUGAAGUGACCCUGUACAAAGAAGGCAACAGUUUUGGAUUUGUACUACGAGGAGGAGCCCACGAGGAUUGGCACAAAUCCAGGCCAUUAGUACUGACAUAUGUUAGGCCAGGUGGUCCAGCAGACAGGGAAGGGUCUCUGAAAAUUGGGGACAGGCUGUUGAGUGUUGACGGGAUUCCUCUUCACAGUGUGAGUCACGCUGACGCAUUGAACAUCCUUCGCCAGUGCAACCAAGAGGCACUUUUCCAGAUUGAGUAUGAUGUCACCAUAAUGGAUACAGUAGCCAAUGCUUCGGGUCCUUUGCUAGUGGAAAUUGCAAAGACUCCUGGCUCUGCACUAGGAAUCACACUAGCAACAAACAGCCAUCGGAAUAAGCAGGUCAUAGUCAUUGACAAGAUCAAGCCAGCCAGUGUGGUAGACAGGUGUGGGGCCUUGCAUGUGGGCGAUCACAUCCUUUCCAUCGAUGGCACCAGCACUGAACAUUGCUCCUUGCUGGAGGCUACCCAACUGCUAGCUGCAACGUCAGAAAACGUCAAGCUGGAGAUACUUCCUGCACACCAGAGUAGACUCCCCCUCAAGCCUCCAGACACGGUCAAAGUGCAGAAGAGCGACCACCACCAUUGCUGGGAUCCCUGCGUCAGCUAUUGCCACACCCACCACCCAGGGCAUUGCAAGACACCCACCUGGAACCAGACAUCCAGCCAGGAUUACUGCAAAUCUCUUGUAGCUGCCAGCUUUGCAUCUCCCACGAUGAACACGUCGGCGUUUGCCUGCCAGAAUUCUAAUACUCUACCUCGAAGCAACCAUCCCAUGAGCCCACGGGCCACCAUGUUGAGGAGAAGACAAAGGAAGAAGGAGCACAAAAGCUCAUUGUCCUUGGCCUCUAGCACUGUGGGACCUGGAGGGCAGAUUGUUCAUACGGAAACAACAGAGGUGAUUCUAAGAGGAGACCCCUUGAAUGGCUUUGGACUGCAGCUGCAGGGAGGGAUCUUUGCUACUGAAACUCUCUCUUCUCCACCUCUCAUCCGAUUUAUUGAGCCUGACAGCCCAGCAGAGAGGUGUGGCCUCCUGCAAGUUGGAGAUAGGGUGCUUUCCAUCAACAGCAUUGCAACAGAAGACGGGACAAUGGAAGAAGCCAACCAGCUCUUGCGGGAUGCAGCACUUACUAACAAGGUUGUGCUAGAGAUUGAAUUUGACGUAGCAGAAUCGGUCAUUCCCAGCAGUGGUACCUUUCAUGUGAAGCUACCCAAGAAAAGAGGUGUGGAGCUUGGGAUUACUAUCAGCUCAAGCAGAAAGUCUGGGGAGCCUUUAAUUAUCUCUGAUAUCAAGAAGGGAAGUGUAGCACACAGGACUGGCACCUUAGAGCCCGGAGACAAGCUGUUAGCCAUUGAUAAUAUCCGACUCGACAAUUGCUCAAUGGAGGAUGCGGUGCAGAUCUUAAAGCAGUGUGAAGAGCUUGUCAAAUUGAAGAUCAGGAAGGACGAGGAUAAUUCUGAUGAGCAAGAAACAACUGGUGCUAUCAUCUACACAGUGGAGCUAAAGAGAUAUGGUGGACCUCUGGGAAUCACUAUUUCAGGGACCGAGGAGCCUUUUGACCCAAUUGUCAUUUCAGGAUUGACAAAACGAGGGCUGGCGGAAAGGACUGGAGCUAUCCAUGUAGGAGACCGGAUAUUAGCUAUUAAUAAUGUAAGCCUUAAGGGGAAGCCUCUGAGUGAAGCCAUUCAUCUACUCCAGAUGGCUGGAGAAACUGUAACUCUGAAGAUCAAGAAGCAAACCGAAAGGACUUACCCGAAACAGUCUGGGAGUAUAAAUGAAGUGAGCGACCCAGAAGAUGACCUGACUGAUUCCCAGAAAACUAGCAAACUCUCUGAGAUUUAUUCCGCCACAAUCCCCAGUGUGGACAGUGCAAUGGAAUCCUGGGACGGUUCUGGCAUUGAUGCUGGUUAUGGAAGUCAGGUAGGUACAUACUUGCCGCAAGCUGUUGGUAUUGCGCUUCACCCGCAUGAAUGGAGAUCCAGCAGGCAGAAGAACAGUACCCCUCCUGGUGAUCCCAGGAAGAGUUACCCCUUUAUGGAUGGCAGUUUCAGUGAAGAUGACUGGGAGAAGCCCAGCAGAUAUCCCAACCGCCAAAAUGGCCUCGAGACCGCACACGAGGAUAAUUUUUGGCGUGUUUUUGGAGAAGCUUUGGAGGACUUGGAAACAUGCGGCCAGUCUGAGCUUUUGAGGGAGAUUGAGGCAUCCAUCAUGACAGGGAGUGUACACAAUCUAGACCUUGACGGGGGCAAGUUGCUCAUGAACUCUGUCAACCAAUCAGGACUGAGCCCACCAAGGAAAGGGAACACCAAGAGCUCAGGUGAAGGGAAGGGCAAUGCCAAUGUCACUCCCACCAAGAAGAAUGACAGGAAUUUGGAGAUUAAGAUGAUGAAGGAAGAGAUCCAAGAAAUCAUGUCUCCCACCCCUCUUGAGCUGCACAAGAUAACUAUUUAUAAGGAUCCAGAGACUGAAGACUUUGGGUUCAGUGUCUCAGAUGGCUUGCUGGAAAAAGGCGUCUAUGUGAAUAUGAUCCGCCCAGAUGGGCCAGCUGAUCAGUGUGGACUCAAACCCUAUGACAGAGUCCUUCAGGUAAACCGCAUUCGAACCCGGGACUUUGACUGCUGCUUAGCUGUCCCUUUGAUAUCUGAAGCAGGAGACAAACUGGACCUGGUAAUCAGCCGGAAUCCCCUGGCCUUCACUGCCAAAGUCCAGCUCGAUGAGGAUUUGCCAGGCCGGCAGCCUCCUAGUGUGGAGGUCAAGGCAAACACGCAGACGCUCUGAAUGCUGGCUGGGCUUGGCGUCAACUGUUCUUGAGGUCCUGUGGGGGUGGGGGCAAAGGGGUUGAUGGCUGUCUGUAACACUUUUUCCGGUUUUACUUUUGCACUGGUGUUGUGAUUACUCUGUGUAACGUAACUUGCCAUGAAGAAAUGGGUUUCCCUUUUGUCACAUCUUGAAGCCAGUCAGCCCAGGCCCUGAAGGCCCGAGCUGAGACAGACCGAUGGAAAUGGUCCCACUUUGGCCAACACGGUGUGUGGGAUGGGCUGCUGUUGCCCCUGAAAGCAGGAAGCAGCCCCCAGCACAACUCACCUGGGAGAGAACAUCCUUUGCUCAUGGUAUGAGCUUCUCCAGCGGAUGGGGUCAUAGGGCACCAGAACAUCAUCUUUGCCCCUGUCUUCGAAGGGCUUGGGUACAUGGUGCUAUUUUCUUGUUGUUUGCUUUGUUAAGUCAUGUACAGUGAAACUUAAAAUUUAACACACACACACACACACACACACACACACACACACACACUGCUUUGUUUCUGUGAAAGGCCAUCCCUGCUCUACCCCGUAGCUUUUCCUUGGCCCACGGCAAGAAGAGCCUUGUGUCCUUUUCUCAAUUCACAGCCACACUCUCCCAGAUCACUGUGGUGCUUGGGAUCCCCUUCACAACCGAGAGCAGGAUUUUCCCUCUGAAGUUUUAUGAAGUCCUGAGCCAUUCGUCACAAAAGACGGGCCUCUCCCUUGCCACAUCUCAGGCACUCAUUCUUUGGGGUGCAGCCUAAACACAUUGACCGCUAUUUGACUUCAAGACAACGUGUGCUUGUUUUCUUCCUUCCUUCCUUCAUCUACUGUGUUUUUCUUAGACAGCACUGGUGAUACCGUAUACAAAGGGCAGGAAACAGGCUUUUCUGGGCCACCAGUAACCUUUUGUGUGCCCCCACACAGAGAGAGAGAGCACCAAGAAUCUCUCUCUUGGUUGAACCAUGAGUCUGUGAGUGUGCAGCUGGACGUGAGUCACUCACAUAACCCUCUUUGCUCUGACCCUCAUUUUUCCCCCAAUGGGAGUGGGGAAACCCUUAUAUCUCCUUGUCACUGUUAAGCAUGAGACAUCCUCUGCGAGAUUGGUAUUGUGUCUCCCAGUGCACCCCCUGUGGGUCGUCCUAGUGCAAGUGCGUGCGUGUGUUUGUUUGUUUUUUAAAAACCCCACUGAUGCUGAGGGUUGACGCCCUGUUGUAACCAGUCAUAGCAGCAGCCCCAUGUUUUUAGUAGUUACCUUCUCCUCCCUGGCUUUAUGAGCACGAUGCCUAUGUGACCCUCUGCCUUCCACAACUGAAUUCCGUUGUAGUGAUCAUGGAUGUGAUAUUCACAUUCUUUGGAUGAUCUGCCUGCAGCAGAUGAGAUGGACUUGCAACUUAAGGCCAUGAUCUCUUCCUUUGCACAUGGCAAAAAUACCAGGGCUUGCAAAUCUCGCUCUGGCCAGUCCAAUGGCCUGUGCCAGGGUUUCUGGAAUAGCACUUUAUUGUGGUGGUUUUUUCGACUGUCCCCCUGCAAGGGAACUUGAGUAAGACCCUGGAAAUGGAAAACUGGCUCCUCUCUUCCUUUGUAUGCCCUUUGUUUUCUUUCGUACCGUUCUGAUGCAAAUUAAGAUGCCAUAUUUUGGUAUGGGUAACCUUCUCUGGUAGGUCAGUAAACCACAACUGGUUUUCAGAUCUGAGCCCAGAUUAAGCUGUGAUUGCAUCUCCUUCUCUUUUCCUCUUUUUUCCUUUUCUUUUUUUUAAUAAAAAUAUGCUUAUUCACUUUCUGGGCCACAUCAAAGUUUCUGUGCUUUCCUUAAGAUGUGCAUGGAGUCCCUUUGGGGCUGCAUCUAGCUGUAGCCAUUUUCUCUUCUCAAAGUAUGCAAUAUUCCAUACCAUGGCUGCCAUAUAACCUAGAUAAUGUGCCAUAAAAGAAACUGGAGGGUAUUGACAGUUGAGCAGAAAAAAAUGGGUUUUAUAUGCAAUAUUCCCAAAAUAGCAGAAGCUCAGUGUGGCUUCAAAUAGGUUUUUAAUGAAGACUUUUAAUAAGGCUUUAAAAAAUGGUCCUUGUAUCCCUUCCUAUGCAUUUUGAAUGAUACGAAAAUGAAAUGCAUUACUUAAAUGUGUAUUUUUAUCCAUAUAUUAGAGUGUAUUCCUUGUAAAGUAUUUUUAUACGCUAAUUUUCUUAUGUAUCUAUGAAAGCACAAUAUUCAAAGAAUAUUUUAGUCCUGUUUUGGACCUAUUUGUAAAUCUAUGUAUUUAAAUGGUAUUGCAAUUACUUAGAUUUUUUUUAAUUAAAUAAAAGCAAAACCAUACAGGUUUCCUGUUUUCUUUGAAAAGUUGGCAUCUAAGUGAUACUUUGCCUAUCUGUGGUCUAUCUCUGCUUGCGCUUGGAGACCAGAAAGUAAUCUCUGGAUCAUCUCAGAAUCACCAGAAGAGAAAAGCAGAAACUGAGGUUAACUUUAGCCAAAGGAAGCACUUUUAAAUACUUGUUGGUUUUGAAUGUGAGUUUUAGUGUGCAAUCCUCUACAUCAGUGGUUCCCAACAGGUGGUGUGGGGACCCCCAGGGGUCCGCGAGCUAUGCCAGAGGGGUCCGCAAGAUGUUAUUAGAAUAAAAAAUAUAUUAAAUAUAUUUCAUAUGAUAACAGAUUUUUUGUUUUGGCCGCUUCCUGCAUGAGCAGAGUCUAGCGCAAAACUAGAAUUAGAUAGAGGCAGUAGUUCUGCUGUAUGCCGUUAGGUGGCGCUUUACAAACACUACUGUUUUGCAAAGAGGCAGCGCGCGCAUUCUACUAACGCUCACCUCCCCAAGAUUCUUUGCGCACGUCGGCUUCAUUUGUGCGCUACUGCGCAGGUACCCUGUCUUCUCCAUUCCCCUCCCUCCUCCCUGGCGCACGCUGCCUCCUUGCAAUACAGUAGUGUUUGUAAACAAAGCGUUGUUUUUCGCGGAAGCUACAGUUCGCGUAGUUAAAAAUGGACCGUUGGUUAAAAAGUGGUUCAUCUCAUUAAGAACUGAAAAUUAAAACUAACUGUAUACUGAUGGAGUACUCUGUUGUAACUGUAAAAAACGUAUAAAUAUAAAAUAUAAAAAGACUUAAUUUGGCUCUCACUUUUUAAUUUUAGGAUUAGGAAUUAAUGGGGGUCCUUGUCACAAUAGCGGCUCGAUGAGGGGUCCUCGAGAAAAUUUUGUUGGGAACCCCUGCUCUACAUGU